CUUGGGUUCAGUGAGUGCCACAUACAUUUCCGCAAGAUUACACAUGACCUAGAUAUCAGCGAUGAGCUUUUCCAUGCCAAUUUGCACUGUAAACAUCGAUCCGGAAAAGCGGACUUGGUCAAACGUGAACGCACGUGGUGAGACGGGAUCUGCGCAGUUACGGAAGUGUUCUUGGCUCGACGCACCUCCAGCAAGCUAUCCGAGCCGCAGUCUCACUGCUGCGAAUGAAACGCAUAUCCGGCCCUAAAAUAUCCGGAAAAGUCUUUGAUUGGGACGUUGUCUUAUCUUCCUUGAUAUCACUCUGUUGGUAUCAGACUACCCCAUGGAGAAGUAUCCGCUUUCGCUUGGCAGGGCCCCGUGGGGGAAUUUCCCCGCAUCCGCUGUGCUUAGACUUUCGGCUAGUCAGACUGUUUUUCCAGGUCUGACAACAAGUCGUUCGAGAGGAUGACCAGGUAUAUAUGACAGCCAUGAAGCAUCAGCUAAUCUAGUGGGAGGAAGAUCACCUCUUAUCAGAGUUGCAUACACCGGCGUCUAGAACUGUCAGCUUCUCGGAACUCACUGCCUGUCGGUAUACGCAACGAGUCUUGCAAGAGGACACUCAACAAAAUGUCUGCCCCUCAAGGAGACGAGAAGAUGAUUGCUACCGUGGAACAUGUCGACAAUAAAGUUGACAAGGUCGAUAAGGCGGAUUCGGGAUCAAUGUUGAAGGAAAUUGGAGCCGAGGACAACCUCGAUCGCUUCGGCGCCUGGAAGAAGACAGAUCCAGCUGAGAUUGCUCUCGUCCGGAAGCUUGACUGGCACAUCAUGCCCAUCCUCUGGUUGAUGUACUUCCUCAACUUCUUGGACCGAAAUGCAAUGAUUAACGGAAAGCUGGAUGGCUUGGCGGAUGACCUCAACUUGGAGGGGACUCAGUACAAUACUUUGGUAUCAAUUCUGUUUGUUGGCUAUCUGCUGGGUCAAGUACCUUCAAACAUGAUUUUGAACAGAGUCAAGCCAGCGUGGUACAUGUCAGGAUUCAUGAUGGCAUGGGCUAUCGUCUCAACUUUGACUUGUCUUGUCCACAACUUUGAAGGCAUGUUGGCGGCUCGCUUCAUGUUGGGUGUUACUGAAGCACCAUUCUAUCCCGGAGCCCUGUACAUGGUGAGCCAGUUCUACACUCGGAAAGAGGUUGCAGCUCGAAUGGCUAUCUUCUACACCGGAAACAUGCUCGCCAGCUCCUUCUCAGGCCUCAUCGCAGCCGGCAUAUUCGCCGGUCUCGGUGGCGUUCAUGGGAUCGCAGGAUGGAGGUGGCUCUUCAUCAUUCAAGGUGUCAUCACCGUCGCUGUCGCAGCCGUCGGCAUCAUCCUCUUGCCCAACGCACCGCUCGAGACCAGAUGGCUCACACCGGAGGAGCGACAACUCGCACACUCACGUAUGGAGCGCGAUAUGACCGGCCGACGAGCUGGAACAAGUACUUGGGUCGGUCUUCGCGAGGCUUGCACAGACUACAGAACCUGGAUCUUUGCUCUUAUGAUCAACUUGCAUCUGUCUGCCAACGGCUUCAAGAACUUUAUGCCAACUGUUGUCAAGACACUUGAAUUCAACACCACUGUCACUUUGGUCUUGACAUGUCCACCCUUCCUUCUCGCCACAGUGCUUUCUGUUCUUGUCUCCUGGUCGUCGGGAAAGUACAACGAGCGUACUUGGCACAUCACAAUCUCGAAACUCAUCGCCAUUGGUGGUUUUGCUUUGGCUUGGGGUACAUUGAAUAUCCCCGCUCGCUACUUCGCAAUGUGUGUCUUCGUCGGCGCAACAUACGGUGUCAACAACAUUGGCAUGGGAUGGGUUUCCUCAACGCUCGGACAAACAAACGAGAAGAAAGCAGUCGCUGUCGCAAUUGCCAACACGAUGGGCAACUUGGGCAGUGUUUACACACCAUACCUGUGGCCUGAUUCCGAUGCGCCACGAUUUGCAACCGCCAUGGGUGCGAGUAUUGGCUUCUCGGUUGGUGUUAUCAUCAUUGCCUGGAUCAUGAGAUUCAUUUUGAUGCGAGAGAAUCGCAAGAUUAAGGCGGAGGAGAAUGAGGUGGUUAAUCUGUAUGCUUACUGAGCGGAUGGAGUUUUUUGGGCUUGUGAUAUACUUAAAGCAGCUGAAGAGGCGCGAAUGAAACAUAAAAUGUCGAGGAUGGUACAUUAAGUAGCCUCCCUUCCUACAAGGGACAGUGGCAAGUAAGUCGAGCAACUUGAGGUUGAUGCCCGCUAUGGGAAUAAUGUAGACACAUACCAGAGACAUUCAUCGAACAUAUCAACUCAGCAUCCUAUCUUCCAGUUUUGUUCUUGCAUCGUUUUCCCCUCAAAUCUGCCCGUGGUACCGUCCUUUUAUGACGACGCCGCCCAAGAUUAGUUAGCUUACGGGCCACUCCAAACGCUCCUGAAUUUCCUCUACAGUCCUGUUCAUGUAUUUGCAACGCUCCUCGGAAAUACAACGACAUCUGCGGCAUCCUCCGGCGAUCCC